AUAUCUGUCCGAGUAUAGAGGACGUAUUGGUCAAACAUACUUUAGUUACUGAUUCACCAAAUUAAGAAGCACAAGCCCACUUACAGUUACAGACAAACAAAUAUUCAUUUUUUUUUUUUUUUUUUUUUUAAACAAACAGACCUUUGUGCAGACUCUUUGCUUCAACAGAUAGAUUUCCAACACGUACCCCGAUACCCAAAAGCUCCACCGAUCUCAUACCACUAAAUAACCAAUUCUCUUCACAUCACGUUCAAGUCAGUUACAACAAUUGUUACCGUCCAAUUCAUCAGAUAGAGGAAGUACGUAUAUUCAUAAUAAAUAUACAGAGAUGAAGAAUCGCAAUAGCAAUAACGUCCUUGGCAAGCCAUUCUUCAUCACAUUGGUCAUCGCCGUCGCCAUAACUGGAACGCUAAUGGUGGUGAGCUUGAGCCGAACGGGAGGAAACACCACCACCUCCUUCCUGUGCACAUUCGCGGGGUUUCGGCCCCAGGCCGACCCCUCCGACACGACGCCCAGCCAGUUCCUGGCGAUCCUCCACUACGCCACGUCACGCGUGGUCCCACAGCAAACAGCUUCCGAGAUCAGAGUCACCUUCGACGUCCUCCAACUCCUCUACCCCUGCAACUUCCUAAUCUUCGGCCUCGGCCACGACUCCCUCAUGUGGUCCUCCUUCAAUCCACGUGGCACCACACUAUUCCUCGAGGAAGACAUCAAGUGGGUCCACAGGAUCCUCACAAACGGGCCCUCCCUACGCGUCCUACCCGUCCACUACAACACGCGCCUGUCGGAUGCCGAUCAACUUAUGAAGACGUACAAGUCGAAGCAGCACUGCGUGCCGCCUGACGUGUACCUGAAGGGUAACACCCGGUGUAAGCUAGCGCUGAGUGACAUGCCGGAUGAGGUAUAUAAUAAGCAGUGGGACGUGAUAUUGAUCGACGGGCCGAGAGGUUAUUUUCAGGAGACGCCGGGGCGGAUGGCAUCCAUAUUCACGGCGGCGGUGAUGGCGAGGACUAGGGUGCGGCCGGGAGUGACACAUGUUAUACUUCACGAUGUGGAUAGGAAGGUUGAGAAGGAGUUUGCGAUGGAGUUCUUGUGUGCAAAGUAUCGGGUGAAGGCUGUGGAUAGGCUUUGGCACUUUGAGAUACCGCCUGCGUCUAAGUGGAGCACUGGUAAACUCACUACUGCUUUUUGCUGAAAUCAAAUUAAUGUGAUCCAUGUUUUUGGGCUUCUUUAAUUAGGUGAUUGAUUAGUGCUUU